AUGAAACCCACCGUGAUAGCACUUCUUCAAUUGGUGUUUGCACACUCCGCAAGUGCUCUGCUGAGUACAAAUAUUACCAGAAUUCAGAGCAAAGACAAAUUUACAAAUCCUAAUCGGACGGCCGUGAAGGUUUGUCUUGCAAGCGGAAUGUCAUCCUCGUUCCCCGAUUCUUGCGUGAAGUUUGAUUCAGUAAAUACUCAGGCAGAAUGCUGGAAUUCUCGAGACUGCUGUGAAUCAUGCCAAUGUAAAGUAGGUUAUCCGACUUAUCUAGCUCAUUUGGGCAAGUGCGUUAGUCUAUCGGAGCUCAACUCGGAUGUUUUUGGGCAAGGGUCAAUAGGUAGGUCACUCAUUCUUCUCCAUACAAUUAUUUUUCUAAACAGUCGAAUGUUGCAAGUUCGUCUACGCUCAACUUUUACAGUUUCAAAUAGUUCCAAAUCAAAAUUCAAACAAGAGAAUUCUAAAUUUAAUUUUCCUAUAUAAAGUGCUGAGAAAUGAAUAUAAUCAUGUCUCAGUACCGAUGGAGAUUGUUCAAAUGAAUGGUCACACCAUAGGAUCUCGUCUACAAAGCGUUAAUAAGUUGUCUAUGAGUUAAUUAUGAAGAGUAGUUGUUUGGUCUUAUGUCGUAUCACAGGUAGCCCAAGCUCGAAAUAUGAGCAUCGGCGAACAUCGGCAUUGUUGCGUAACAUUCGAAAUAUAAGGAUUUGUAUGGGAAAAAACCUAUCGUUUCUUUCACUUUCGUAGGUUACAGAAACGAUAGGUUUUUUUUCCCAUACAAAUCCUUAUAUUUCGAAUGUUACGCAACAAUGCGGAUGUUCGCCGAUGCUCAUAUUUCGAGCUUGGGCUACCUGUGCGGUUACCGGCCCUAUAGCCACAGCGGAAAGUUAAAUUUCAACUUUUAUUAACCUUUUCAAUAAAUGAAAUUUGAACAGUAGGACCCUGCCCCCACCCCAGCCCUCCAAGGCCUCCACCCACUACUCCGGUCCCAAGGAGAGUGAUUUUAAAAUUCAUCUGCUAGGGAGGGGUGGGGAAUUUUAGAGCUGCAUAACAAUUUUUUCGUUAACAUUUUCUUUGCAUGAUUUUUUUUAGGCCAGUGCAAGGAUAUAUUUUAGGGCUUCUCGGUUUGCGAAUUUUUUUUUCAUAAGACCUUUUCUUGCACGAAUAUAUAUUUUUUUACUUCGCCCCCCUCCUCCCUCCUAAUAACUUUUCUAAUGCUCAGCCCCUAAUUUAGAGGGAAUGACAAGGGUCAUGGUUACAUCUUGCCGCUUGUUAGGACUGGUUCAAGCGAUGUUUUAUCAAUAGAUGUCUUUUCAAUCAUAUUAAGAUUUUCAGUUUACAUUUUAUACUUUUGUAUACGCUCCUAAUUGCAAUAAGGCUGUCAUAGAAAAAAUGAAAAAAGUGAGUAGCAAAAAAGCUCAAUACAUGCUCACUACAAUCGAAGUCCUGGUCUGACAAAAGGAUGAAUUCAAAUUGUCUUUACCUUCUUUCUACUCAACUGAUGUCACAUUGAAGUAUUACAACGUACCACAAAUAUAUCUUCAGCAUUAUCAAAAUAUCAAAGGUCAAUUUUCAUGGAUAAUUAAUUCUUAUUUGGCUUUUUUGUUUUAUUAGGUGUAUAUUAUUAGACUUUCUAAAAGUCCUUUAUUUCGUUUCUCUGAUUGAUUAUGCUUACGCGAUUGUUGUUUUAACUCACACGUAUAUACUACGUAUGCUUGUCGGUGCUAUUUUUCUACAAGCAAAUAAUAAUACAGUAAAAAAUCAUUGUCACUGUAAUUAAAAAAACAAUCAGAGACGCAUAUGCAUACAAGAAUGAGUUCUGCCCUUGGGAAUUGUACAGCGUUGGCAAUAAAUUUUGUGAUAAACUAGUUUUGCUGACUGGAGUGCUAAGGUUCGUUCUGCAUUCAGCACUUUUUUGAGACGCUUGUGUGAAGAAGAAAAGUUGUCUUAAAGGCAGACAGUUCUCUGUAAAGGCAUCUUCAGAAGAAAUCGCGCAAAAUGUUUUCCCGGCUAAAAGAAUUAGAAUGGUGUGUCGACCGCUCCAGUCGGCUAGCAGUUCGAGUUCUGACGUUCUGAGAGGAAUAAGUGCACUUCAAGAACUAAGAUGUUUGCAGGAAAAAUGGUAAGAUAUAGAAAACGAUAGUGACUUUAAUUGGUUAAACAGAGUGAGUGGAAAGCAGUGGAAUUGUGAAUUUAGGAGUGGCUUCGGAAUACAACACCAUACAAGCCAGGUCACUCUAAACCACGUGUUUAUAUAUAUCUGGGAUCGCUUCGUCCAGGCGAGGCAUAGCAUAAUAUGCUCUUUUUCGACUCUUUUAUCAUAAAUUACAUUAAUAGAGCAGUCAGUUAACGAAAUCCUAGGCGUGACCAGUCGGAAGAAAGCCUUGGAAAAUGUUUCAAAGUGACAACAUGGAACUAAACAUAUCGUAACUAGAAUUUUGCACGCAUUAAGGUGGCUCGAUAGUGUUUUCCAUGUUCAAUACCUCCCAAGUUUGAGCAUAAACUACGUCGCCAUUAACAAAGCUUUGGAAAAAGUGCUAUCACAGCCGUAUUAGAUAAAGAUGAAAAUUUGGUAUGAUCAGGGUUACAAUGACAUCAGAGUUGUCAUAGCAACGGAAUGACGCCCUAACCUACUUUACUUGCAGCCGUAUUUCUCGUAAACGACCUCUAAAUGUUCGUAUUUUGAGUGGUUGCUUACGGAAGGUUCAACUCUACAUUCCUUUACCCAUGCAAUUAAACUUGGUGUUUUUAUUGUUGCUUAGGGUGUGAAUCCCAUUUGGAGGUAAAAACGAAAGGUAGUGGUGGUGGUGGUGGUGACGAGGACGAUGAUGAUGAAGAUGACGGUAGUAAACAAAAAGACGUUUGUAAAGUGCCUGCGUCCACCUGGAGUCCACCUGUACUUGAUUUACUGCAGGUACCAUCACCAAAAGAUCCCAAGAUUAAAUUUUGCAAACAUAAAGAUGUGGAGUCGUGUAAUUUAGAACAAGCGCGCUACUCUGGAUUUAGCCAAUGGCAUAAUGUUACCAACUUGUCUCAUACUUUUUGGGGAGUGAAGGACAAGAAGGACAUCCUGUUCAAGGUAAGAUGUCAAGAUACAGAUCUUGCUAAUUCUGCUAUAUAUGACUUUUAAUUAAACAAAAAAACAAAAAAAAAAACAAACAUGUUGUUUUACAGAAUUUGCAUCAAAAACAUAGUCUGGUUCACAACGAAGCAAGGGACGAGCUUUUGUUUCAAUCAACAUGACGUGUUCUAACUUCUUCUUCAAUGCGCAUGCGUACGGGAAUAGGCCACUUGCACUAAGAGGUCACGUGACCAUUGCUUCCUUUAAACAAUGAGUUGGAAUCUUGCUGAUGCCAAAAAUUGACAGAGCACAUAACAAUUAUCUUACACCGGCAGUUUGAAAAGAAACGCAUUUAAGGAAGAUAUUUUAUGGGACUUUGAUUUUUCAGCGAAGUAGUAUCAUUUGCAUUGGCCGCCAUGCUGGAGGGCAUACUCGUGCCCUCCAACAUGGCGGCCAAAACUACUUUUUGCUUUUACCUUGUUAAACGUUUGAUAGUUACGCUCAGAUGUGCUGUAAACGUUACCACUUCAUCUUUUGAACAUUUCCCUUGAAGUUUAAGUGCAAAAUUUGUGUUCAGAAAGAGGUAAUUCAUAAUUUUAAAAAUCACAUUUUGGUCACGUGACCAGCUGCGAAUUUACUCAUUUUACGAAAAUGGUACGGGUUUGAAAAACCAAAUCACUAUUAUGUUGUUUAAAAUAUGACCCACUAAUCGUUUUCGAAGGCAAAAUCAUAUAACUUUCAUUUUCAUGAAAACGAUGUCACAUGACCUCUUAGUGCAAAUGGCCUAUUGACACCCUUCUUGCCUUAACCUUCUUGCCCUCCCCCCUCAAUCUUCUAAACUAGGGAUACUCAGUCUUUCAUCUAUGACAGGCCUGCGGGUGAAUAGAAUGCGACAUCACUAAAUAUACAUUUUAUUUCUAAAGACCUUAGGAAUAAAAUGUAACUUAAGAGAAUCUUACACGAAAAAAGAAUAUUGCAUUAGUCCUAUUUUAUUUAUAUAUUUAGUCAGAGAAAACAGCCGACGCUUUGCGACGCCACUACAGAUUUCACCGCCAUGAAAAGACUGAGUAACAAGAUUAAAUAUUCCGUACUGAUGACGUGUCACCCACAGUACCCAGAUCUGGGUAGUGCAUAUGCUUGGUCAUAGCAAAUUUCUCCCGCGGCACGACCAAUCAGAAACACUACCCAAAUCUGGUUUGUGACAUGUCAUCAGUAUCGAAUUUCUACGUUCGUUCUUCAGACGUCAUUUCGCAGGAAACUGGCGAAAAUUGGCCGACUGUUUUCUCAGGCUAUUGUAUACUAAGAGGAAUUUUCUUUUAUUUCAAAGUGGAGUACUGCAGCAUCGUCAAAUUUAAGUGGAAACAUCUUCGUUAUCAACCUUAAAUGUAAACAGAAGAAGAAAGGAAAUCCCGAGAGGAAUUUUUCAGCAUGCUUCAUAUUCAAGUCUAACGGAACUCAAAUAGGUAAAAUUUCGAAGCUUUCCUUCAAACUCCCUCAUACGGUAUAGUACGGGACAUUUCUCUCAUUCAGUUCUCUGAGAUGAUAGCGAAAUUAGGUAACACCUUUACGACAAACGACAAACGUCAGAUUCAAGUUGCAAUUUCUCAAAAUAGGAAUGGACUGGCUAAAAACUGUUUAAAAUUUUUAUGGAUGAAACUGACCAUUUGUGUAGAUAUACUUUACAGUUAACGACACUUGGUCACCUGGUAGAAAUUGACUCCUGCCUUUUGUCGUAAAAUGUGAUCAUAAAUCUUUUUAUACUAACUGAUCCGACAUAGGUAACAAACAAAAUGAAAAACUGAUCUAAAAUCGAACAAUCACAAAGCCUUUUUGCUUGAAAUAUUUUCACAUCUGAGUAAAUGUUAGUCUCCUUCGCAGCCGUUAUUAGGGUCGUCACUCGUCACGCAACGCUCCUGGAGCGUUGCGUCACGAGUGACGACCCUAAUAACGGCUGCGAAGGAAACUAAGUAAAUGUGUACUGAUCUACUUCUACUAAACGUAGUCCGUGAGAUUGGGUUCGAUCGCUGAGUGUCGAUUGCUUACGCCGAAUGAUUCAGGAAAGCGGUAUUAGAUAAAUGAAUACUUUCAAGUCUUAUAAAAGACCGGUUCUUUGAAUAUUACAAAUCCACAUCAUUAAGGUCUGGUAUACGAAUCGACAAAACUGAAAGCUCCCGGAUCCAUUCAAUCAAGUCUCAAGUUGUAUCAGAUAUCCUUCUAAUGAAAGUCAUCCUUACCUAAGGUUUCAUAUAUAGAAAAGAGCGUUUUAGUGGAAAAUAGACCGCUUGUAAAGUGCAUACGAAAUGGGAAUAAUUGUUAAAUAAAAAGACUUCUAAUUUUUGAGAAGUCUCCGUUUUUUUGUUUCUUGUUCUUCCCAUUUAUGCCAAACAUUUUUUGUUUAAGUCACUCCAUCACCUCAGUCAACAACCCCAGCGGCGACAACAACGAUGAAAAUGACAACAUUAAAGCCAAAAACAACAGUACAAACGACAACAAUUGCGGCGACUACAAAAUCAAAGACAACAGUGAUGCCUUCGACUUCAAAAUCAACUAAGAUGCCAACAACAAAACCAAGCACAAACCAAAAAGCGCGGGAAACAACUUCAUUGCCAGUGACGCAAUCAACUACUGACGUCACGCAGACUAAGCCAAUAGAAACCAGUGAACGCACGGAGCCAACUGAGCCUAAGGAGCCCGGGGAUACAGGAAGGCGGUCAUUAGAGAAUUCAAGUGACGAUAGCUUUGGAGAAACAAUUGUUAUUGUCGUUUCUGUUCUCUCGGCGCUUGUUGCGGUCACCGUGGUAUCUCUUAUCAUAGUAUGUUACUUGAAGAAAAGAAACCAAGGGUAAGUCAGCUAUCGUUUUAUGUACAAGCAUUGAAUGUAGGCAGGCUAGUCUUAUCGAUGAUUGUUUAAGUUUGGAGAGCGACUGUGAGAGGGAGCCACGUGCAAAUUUAGGGGCAUUUACUUCGUGUACUGGACGUAGAUGACGUAAAUUAAAUGAAGAAAAACCAUGAAACAAUACCAAGCUGAUUUUUCGCUGAACAGAAAACAAAGAUUAGAAGUCUUUUGUUUUGCGUCAUCUGUGUCCGGCACACGAAAUUCAAAAGAUUAAAAAGAAAAAAGAAACAUGUAGUAUAUAAAGUUUGCUAUAGUCUUCCGCGUUGAUACAACUGAAAUAUUGUUUUAUCCUUACAUAAAAUUGUACUGUUGUUGAUAAAUGCCUUAGAAUUAAAGUUCAUCCUUUUUUUCUCUCACCAGCAAAAAUACAUUCUCCACCAAUCAAUUCUCCAUUCAAUGUAAGUGAAGCUUAUGCCUGAAUUUAUUUCUUGCCCUGUUAAAGGAGCAAAACCAGUUUUCUUGGACAAUGCAAUGGACUAUUGUAUUUUGAGCGCUUAUCUAUCAUUUUUUGACAAAUUCUUGUUUGAAUGGGGAGUAGAAUGUUUUUUAAUCGUUAUAAAAUAUCUUGUAAUUAACGUUCACGGAGUUAUAGAGUUAUAUAAAGUUUAAAAAAACCUAAUAUUUAGGUAAUGUUGAGUUGUCUGGCUUUUCGAAUAAUGUCGAAGUAUUUAGCGACAGUUUUCACUAAUUUUCAGUCAAGAAACAAAGCACUCAUCACUCGGCAACAAGUACAGAAGAACAUAUCAAUCAGGACCAAAAUGAUUACCAACCACUAGGGAAUGCUGGGAAACAAACAGAUGGUACUAAAUGGGAGCCACCUUCGUACCAAGGUCUCACAAAGAAGACCGAGGGAGCUUGGGGCGAGGGAGAAGUGUACAUGAAUCCUACAAUGUACCAGGAACUAAUAAAGAAAGAAACAACGUCCAGUGAAAAUAUGCCAGCUUACCAUCCGCUUAUGAAACCAUCUAAGGUACGUAAGUUGUAAUUAACACACCCCAACGUCAGCACUUUAGUCUUAUAUUCUGACCAACCACCUAAACUUGUUCCUAGGGCUUUUCAUUAAAGACUUGCAUAGGCCCCUUCCGAGUUUUUUCUAGCCUCUUUUUCAAAACAAGGCUAAGUAUGAAGACUUUAUCUCGAAACCUGAUCUCACUCUCUUGCUCUUGGACGUGGGAGAUCUGGGUAAAAAAUAGUUGUUUUAUUCUCAUGCAUAUAAAAUUUAUUUUUACAUGAAUGGCUUGCUCUUUGGCCUCGUUUUGAAAGUGAGAGUUUUUGGAACUAGAAAAUGGUCUAUUAUGCUUACUAAAUGCUUUACAGGUUACUGUCAUCGACAGGUGCCUAAAAACUAAAUUUUAUCGUGACCCGAGGUUCACACGACACCCUAACCUGAAGUGAAAAUGUCUAGGGGUGGGGUAGGGGGCAGGGGUGUGGGCGUGCUUUUUACGCUGGUUUUUAACUCGAGCGAUCAGUUAAAUUUUGUGGCCUGUGCCCUUUUCUCGAAAGACCAGCUUAUUUACGGUCCCGAAAAGGAAUUUUUGUUGGCAUUCAAGACAGAAGUUUAGAUAAAACUAGCCAUUAAUAAAACAAAUGGACUGAGUUGGUAGCAAGGGCCACAAGUUUACUAGUUUCUGUAACUAUUCCGUGCUACCCUCUUUAAGUAAAGUGUAUUAUUAUUAUUAUUAUUAUUAUUAUUAUUAUUAUUAUUAUUAGGACCCACCCUUUUAUCGUUAAGAUUUUUAUUUGAAUAGUUAUUUUCUGGCCCGAAAAGGUACCGAGAAAAGCGCCCCCGAACUUCGACUGAGUGCUGCGAUUAUGAAACGCCAGGCAAGGGAGUGUUAAAUGAUUAAUAUUUCAAAAUGUGAGGAAAAGGCAAAUCUAUUUGAAUUUUACUUUUUUUACUACGAAGUCAGCGGACGUUUCUGCAUAUGAUUAUGGAUACAUGUCAACCGAUGGAAAGGAUGGCUUGGCGGCGACAGAAACCACUGACAAAGAGAAUCCAUAUUAUUUCAAACUCGAACAGCCUGGCCAGAUUGAAGAAGCCGCUGGCAAGGAGAGUCCAUAUUAUUUUAAACUUGAACAGCCUGAAAAGCCAAAAUAA